AUGCACGAAGGGGAAACCUUAAAGGCGUAUUCGGAUAGGUAUUGGGAGAUGUACAACGAGAUGGAUGAAAACCACGACGACGUCGCCAUCAACACGUUUAAAAGUGGUCUCCCCACUGAGCAUGGUUUAAGGAAGUCUCUAACUGGUAAACCCAUUACCAACGUUCGUCAACUGAUGGAUAGGAUUGACAAAUACAAAAGGGUGAAAGAGGAUCAGCUACAAGGGAAAGGAAAGGAGAUGAUCAUCCCUCACAAGGGGAAUGAUUACAGGUCGGGAUACAACAGUAACCAGCUGAGAAGAGAUUUUACGAGACAGGCUGGACGAACCAACAUGCAAGCGGUUAAUGUCGUAUUCAGAGAGCCGGUGCAACAUGUUCUGGAGAAAGUAAAAAACAAGCCUUUCUUCAAAUGGCCGAAUAAAAUGGCCGGAGACUCCUCAAAGCGCAACCAGAGUCUAUAUUGUUAA